AUGGCGUUCCUUGUCGCUCUUGUCGUCCUGGCAAAAUGCUGCCUCUUCACAGCCGACUUUCUUCUCUCAAACAUCGUCGCCUACUACAUUCUCCAGAAGGGCAUCGACAUGAUGGAGGAGUUCCAGUCCGAGACAGACAGCGACUACACCAGUUACUGGCGUGACUGGUUCAUCUCCUCACGUGGAAACGAGUACUUCUGUGAGAUCGACGAAGAAUACAUUACCGACCGCUUCAACUUGACUGGCCUUAACACGGAAGUCCACUACUACCAACACGCUCUUGACCUCAUCACAGAUGUAUUCGACCUCGAUUGUGAAGAUGACAUGCGCGAGACGAUCGAGAAGUCUGCACGUCACCUCUAUGGGCUCGUCCAUGCGCGCUACAUCGUCACCACCCGCGGCCUGGCCAAGAUGGUCGAGAAAUUCAAGAAGUCUGACUUCGGCCGUUGCCCACGCGUCAUGUGCGAGAGUCACCCGCUUUUGCCCUUUGGACCAAGCGACAACCCCGGCCUCAAGACCGUGAAGCUCUACUGCGCCAAGUGCGAGGACAUCUACAACCCGAAAUCAUCUCGCCAUGCCGCCAUUGAUGGUGCUUACUUCGGCUCUUCCUUCCACAACAUCUUGUUCCAGGUCUAUCCCGCCCUUGUUCCAGUCAAGUCCAGGAGACGCUACGAGCCCAAGAUCUUCGGCUUCAGAGUUCAUCAUGCGGCGGUCUUAGCUAGAUGGCAGGACGUUGUGAGGAGAGAGCAGCGAAAGCGAUUGGAGGAGGCCGGCGCGGUUGCGGAAGGGCAGCAAUUGUUCAUUGAGGAUGCCGACAGCAGCGAUGGGGCAGGGGAUGGUCGCAUCGAGGAACCGGACGACGACGAAGUUGGCGACAAUGACGAUAAGAGAAUGGCUGCCCUCAGUGGCGAGACCGAGGGUGUGGGAUUGUAUGGCGGUGCGCCUGUUACUGGCCAGGCUGCGAACUGA